UGGAGUAAGGGUCCAUAUUCAGUAGUUAAGAUUGAAAUGAUGUAAAUAUAUUAUUUAGUUAAUAGCUUGUUUUCAUGAUUAGUGGAGGUGGGUCAUAUGAUAAUGGAUAUGAUGAAAUAAAAUAAGGAAAUUUGUUGGAAAUAUCAGACUUAUUUCAAUGGGAUUCUUAGUAACAUACAGUGGGCAAUAUAAAAAUGGCAAAAAGAUUGGGGAUGGGAUAUACGUUAUGAAAAUUAAUAAAUGUAAAAAGAUUUUAUGAUUUAGAAUACUUUAUGUCUAAUAAGUGGUGUGGGCUCAUAUGACGAAGAUUCUGAGGAAAUUAAGCAGGGUAAUUGGAUGGAAAUAUCAGGUGGAUAUAGAUGGGAUUCUAAAGUAACUUUUAGCAGACAAUAUAAAAAUGGGAAAAAAGUCGAUAGGAUAGGAUAUUUGUUUGACAAUUAAAAGAUGUAAAUUAUUUUAUUUAGCUUAAUUUUAAAAUACGUUUGUGUAUAUAGUGGGGUAAUUGGGUUGAGGUAUCAAAUGGAUAUUCCUUAUUCUCUUAAGGUUCUAGAAAUGGC